AUGCACUGGACACCGGAGCACGCCCAGCCCCUCAGCCAGUGGCCGGAGCAGCACCUGGACGUGUCGUCCAGCACGUCGCCGCCGUCGGGGGGCCCCAAGGCGGCCCCGGGCCCGGCCGGCCGGCCCCGCUGCCACUACGCCUGGGCCAACGACGACAUCUCCGCGCUGACCGCCUCGGCCCUCCUCAAGCGCUACGCCGACAAGUACGCGGCCGCCCUGGACUCGCCCUACGACCGGCCGCCGGCCGCUCCUUUCCCCGACGGCCCCUUCGGGCCGCUGCCCGGGCCCAAGGGGGAGCCGGAGCCGUGGCCCGGGCCGGACGCGCCCUACCCGCUGCCCCCCAUCCACGACGGCCUGCUGGGCGCCAAGGCGUCCGGGCCCCCCGCGGGCCUGGGCGGCUCCCCCGCCCUCCCGGGGGGGCUGUCGGAGCCCCUCUACCCCGGGGUCCCGUGCGGGGGGUCGCCGCAGGACUUCGGGGCGGCGGCGGCGGCGGCCUACGGGGCGGCCUACCUGCCCCCCGCCUACUGCGCGCAGGCGGGGGCCUCCGGCCUGGGCCCCCCGGGGCUCCUGCCCAACGCCGCCCACGCCUCGCCCGCCCUGGUGCCCGGCUACGGACCGCCCAGCCCCCUCUACAGCUACCCGCCGGCGGGGGGCUUCCCGCCCCAGCCCGCCUUCGGGGGGCUCCACGCGCCCGGACCGGCGGGCGGCGGCCUGAAGCGCAAGGGCCGCUACCGCAAGGGCGGCUACGAGGCCCCGGACGGGCCGCCGCCCCCCGCCGCCCCCUACCCCCCGCCCGGCCCCGACGGCGACCGGCGGGGCAACGGCUACCCCCGGCCCGACGACGGCCCCGACCGGGGCCCGGCCGCCCGCAAGUCGGGGGUCCCCCCCGCGGGGCUCAAGGCGCUGGGCUCCCCGCCCUUCGCGCCCGGCGAGGCCCCGGCCUUCGACGACUCGGCCCCGGCGGCCGACGGCGAGGGCGGGCCCGGGGGCCGGGGCUACGGCGGGCCGGACGCGCGGGCCCUGGAGCUGGUCAGCGCCAAGAUGGGCGAGCGCGGCCCCCCGGUGCACUGGGCUGACGUGGCCGGACAGGGCGCCCUCAAGGCCUCGCUGGAGGAGGAGCUGGUGUGGCCGGCGCUGCGACCCCCCGCCGGAGCCCCCGCCGGAGCCCCCGCCGGAGCCCCCCGGCCCCGCACCGUGCUGCUCUUCGGCCCCCGCGGCGCCGGCAAGACCCUCCUGGCCCGCUGCCUGGCCACCCAGCUGGGCUGCCCCCUGCUCCGGCUGAGCGGCGCCGCGCUGGCCGCCCAGGGCCCCGGGGAGGCCGGACGCCUCCUCCGGGCCGCCUUCCUGGCCGCCGCCGCCCGCCGCCCGCCCGCCCUGCUGCUCCUCGGGGAGCUGGAGGCGCUGCUGCCCGCCCGGCCCGGCGACGACGGCGGCGGGGGCGGCGGGCUGCGGGCCCAGCUCCUGGAGCUGCUGGAGCGCCCGGCCGAGGGCCUGCUGGUGGUGGGCACCACGGCGCGGCCCGGAGAGCUGGACCGGGCCGCCCCGCGCCGCUUCGCCCGCCGCUUCUACGUGCCCCUGCCCGACGGGCCGGCGCGGAGGCAGAUCCUGCACCGGGCCCUGGCCGCGGCCGGCGGCAGGCUGGGCGAGCGGGAGCUGGCCGCCCUGGCCCGCACCACCGAGGGCUUCUCCGGCGGCGAGCUGGUGCGGCUGUGCCAGCAGGCGGCCGCCGGCGCCGGGCCCGGGCCCGGGCCCCGGCCCCGGCCCCCCUCCUACGAGGACUUCGAGGCCGCUUUCCGCAAGGUGCGCCCCGGGGCCUCCCAGAAGGACGUGGACCUCUACGUGGAGUGGGACAGAGUCUACGGGUCGGGGCCCUGA